AUGCCCCGAGCUGCAAAGCAGGCCAAGCCGUCGCUCCCCUCCAACACCCUGAUCGUCGACAAUGGCGCCUACAACAUCAAGGCUGGCUUCGCCCCGCCAGACAGCUCCACCGAGCCCACCUGCCGCAUCAGCCCAAACUGCAUAGCUCGCGCAAGGGACAGACGCAUUUGGGUCGGCUCGCAGCUGGACCAAUGCAAGGACUUUGGCGAGAUGGCCUUCCGCAGGCCCGUCGAGAAGGGCUUCGUCGUGAACUGGGAGGGCGAAAAGGCCAUCUGGGACCAUGAGUUUCUGGGGAACGACGCCCCGCUAAAGUGCGACCCGCACGACACUGCCCUCGUCCUGACCGAGGCCCCCAACUCCCCGCAAGCUCUGCAGACCAACUGCGACCAGAUGGUCUUCGAAGAGUUCGAAUUCGCCUCCUACUACCGCUGCCUCGCCCCCGUGCUAAACGCCUACAACGACAUCCCAGCCCUCUUCGGCGACCCGGCCACCACCACUUCCCCCGUCGAGUCUCUCCUCCUCAUCGACACGGGCUACUCGCACACGACCAUCACCCCGCUGCACCACGGCCGGCCCUUCCACUCAGCCAUCCGCCGCCUGACAGUCGGCGGCAAGUUCCUAACGAACCACCUGAAAGAGCUCAUCUCGCUGCGCGCCUACAACUUCAUGGACGAGACGCACCUGGUCAACGAAAUCAAAGAAGACGUGUGCUACAUCUCGGCCGACUUCGCCCGGGACCUCGAGCGGACAUGGAAGGGGGGCGCCCUCUCGUCCACGACCACCCACAAGAACAAGACCUCCGCAGCCACAGACCCCUCCAUCGUCGUCGACUACGUCCUUCCCGACUACUCCGAGCGCACCCGCGGCUUCGCGCGCCCCCACGACCCCUCGGCCACCGCCAAAGCGAAGCGUCUAGGCACGCUCGCCCACGCCACAGGCGGCGGCGGCGGCAGCGGCGGCGGCACUCCCACCACCACCACAGCCGCAACACCGGACAUGGCCGCCAGCAAAACCCCCGAAGACCUCCUGCCCCUCGGCAACGAACGCUUCGCCGUCCCGGAACUCCUCUUCCACCCGAGCGACAUCGGGCUCGCGGAGCCCGGCCUGCCGGCCGCCGUCAUGCAGUCCUUGCAGCAGCUGCCGGAGGCCCUGUGGCCGGGACUGCUCGCGAACGUCGUCGUCGUGGGCGGUAACGCGUUGCUGCCGGGCUUCGUGGAGAGGCUGAGGAAAGAGCUGAGGGCGGUGGUGCCGGGCGAGUACGUGGUGAGGGUGGCGAGGCCGGAGGAUCCGGUGGGGGCGACGUGGAGGGGGGGUGUGAGGAUGGUGGGGGAGAGGGGGGAGGGGCUCAGGGGCGUGGCGGUGAUGAGGGAGGAGUACAUGGAGAAUGGGGCGGGGUGGGCUGCGAGGAGGUUCGCGGGCUUGGUGUGA